ACAAGAAUCCUCCACCCGGAAGAAACCAUUAGAUGAUUAGCCGCUCAUCUUGUUCGAUUGAUCGUCAAAAGCUUGAGAAACGGAUGAAUUCAUCUUCCGAACGAUUGAUUUUGUGAUGAGAAUGAUAAUGAUUGUUAAAGAAUGCUCCCAAAAGUGUGUCUUGUGCACCAAUUUUCGUCCCCAGGGUGCUGAUCCCGAGUAGGGUUUUGAUACCCUUUAAAUCCCCUUGAAAACAUCACAUUCGCGCUGCCCUUGUAUUCUCGCCGUAGGCUACGCUUACGGACAGUAGCAUACGGUCUGUAUCCUCUGUUUCUUGUUCUUGCUGGUCCGUAUGCUAUGCUAAUCAACCAUAGGUUACGUCCAAGACUUGCUGUACACUUUUUUUGGCUGAUGUAAAUGAACCGUAGGCUACGAUUAUAGAACCGUAGCUUACAUCGUGAACAUUGGCUCAAUAUUUGCUACUUUUCAACUUUCCAUUAUUGAAAUAUAGGCCCUUGGACUUCAUUGUUUCGUGUUUCUCGUACAUUCAAGCUAUCUCUUCGAUCCGAAACAUCUACUGAAUGAUGUAAUAUGUCUUGAUUUCCAUCCACGGUCGUUCCGCUUCAUCACCAAGCAUCCUAACUUCGCCGAAUUAUGCGAUUAACCUGUAAAACCACAAACUUUCGUAGUUAACAUAUUCAAAGCAUAUAAUCAUUUAAGCGGCAAUAAAACACGUAACAUAACACACUUUAACACCCGGGUUUCACCCUCUCCAUCAGCUUCAUUGGGGGAAUCGCGUAGUUUGUUACUUUAGCUCAAAAAGGAUAAGCUCCCUUGGAAUCAAGCUCCUCCUUCAAGAUCAAGCCCCUCCAUUGGCGUUUUCACAAUCACGCCAACACCAAUUUUGAUCGAAUCACGCCCCGGGGGCGGUGUACGGGGCAUUAUGGGGCAUGAUCUUCGCCACUUCACGCGCAAUCACAUUACCACUAUGUGUGGUCUAAGUGAGAAAAAUGGGUUGUCAAGCUAUAAGCUAUGUGUAAUAAAUGAGUUAAACAGGUUGUAGUAAAUAAGUUAAACUAUUAUUAAACAAUCGACCAUAUAAAUCUAUUGUUAUAGUUAUAUUUUAAAAGGGUUGAUGAGUAUCAAGCACGGAAAUGUUUAUUGAACGAGUCCGACAUAACAGUUACAACCCCCACACAACCAUACCUAGUAGAAUCCCACCAAUAGAAAAACUAUUGGUACGGCUUGAGGUGGAUAAAAUGUAGGCAAACCGUACCUCUCACCUAGGAUAAAGAGGUUGCUUUCAAAAAAAAAUCCCAGCUCUAAGGCUCCCUUUCUCAACAUAAAAAAAGUAUAUCUUGGUUAUUUUAUACGGCUGGCCUGCUUAAUUGUUUUUAUGUCCUGGCAUAUAUUGUUUUAAAGGUGGUGGUCAUUUGCAUCUUGGUUAUUUAUAUUACCUUCCCUUUCUUUAUUGACGACUAUAUGUCAAACAUCUUGGUUUUUAGUUCUUGUUCAUAUGCAUCGAACAAACAUGGGGUAAUGAUAGAAAUGUUUUUAUAGUUAUUAAUAACGCUAUAUCAAAUAUAAAAAAAAAUUUGGGAGGCUGGAUGACAACAUCCAACAAAUCCAAACCACUUCAAAUAACAAGAAUCACAAAAGGUUCAAAAAUUAAAUCAACUAUCAACUAAUAGGUAUAAAACAAACUUAUAUGGUGGGAAACCAGAAUGCAAUUUAGUGGAAGAAAAAAUAAGUCACUCACUCCACAAUCAGGAAGUCCGAUGAACAGAAAGUUUUGACAUGUGUAGAGCAGUAGAGGUGUACAAAACCCGGUUUGGGUCCAAACUGGUUUGGCCUAAACCGGUUCAGGUUAAGAACUAGUUUUAAGGUUGGGAGCCCCAACCCAUCCAAACCAAUUUGGAUCGGGUUCAAAACCGGGUUUUUUUAAUCAAUUUUUUUACGAGGGCUCAAAAUGGUUGGGGUUGGAACCGAUUCUCAACACAAAACGGGUCAGUUCCGGAUCGCCGGGCACAAACCGUUUUUUUGUACGUCUAUAAUAUACCUUAAAAGACGACUCUGUGACACUGAGGCAAACAAGAUCACACAUUCUCUUUAUCUUUGAUUGGGGACCGCUCAGACCAUAAGUUGUAAGUUGAUCUCGAGAGUGACCUUGGUAGAACUUUUCAACCACGUCACAAUCAAGAAGCCCAAUGACCACAGUUUUGAACUGGUCAAGUGCUGCGUCGCGUUUAUAUAAUCAUAUGUACCCGCAAAAGAAUAGAAAUAUACUGCAUUUGAUUCAACUACUCACUACUAAAAAAUGAGUGCCAGAUGGUUCCGUAUUGCGCCAUCAUUUCUCCUAGUCGUUGUGGUGCACUUUACAGCGUUUUUCAUACUCACCAACACGGAGACAGCACAGAACAGCAGUGGCGCUGUUAGCGAUCGUCUGGCAUUGCUCGCCAUCAAAUCCAUGAUUAGAGAUAACCCGCAAGGUCUCAUGACCUCAUGGAACGACUCCAACACUAACUUCUGCCAAUGGGAGGGUGUUGCUUGCGGCCGCCGCCACCAAAGAGUCACCUUCUUGGACCUCUCAUCCGGAGGCUUAACCGGUAUGCUGUCUCCUUCCAUCGGAAAUCUAAGCUUUCUCAAGAUGCUUCUGCUCUAUAACAACUCGUUUUCUGGUGAUAUACCGCCUGAAAUUGGCCGUCUCUUUAGAUUACAACAACUAGGUCUUUACAACAACUUUUUCACGGGGAACAUUCCAAUCACCAUAGGGAAUUGCUCCAACCUCCAAGUUUUAGUCUUGAGUAACAAUAAUCUGGUAGGCAAGAUCCCAGAUGCGGUUGGUUCAUUGUCCAUGCUAGAGGUACUCAUCCUUCACAGAAACAAUCUAGAAGGUGGGAUUCCUAUGUUCAUUGCGAAUCUUACAUUACUCGAUACACUUUCUCUCAGUAAUUGUACACUUGGUGGACGUUUUCCCGACGUGUUCCACCAGCUGACUAACUUGAAAAGGCUUACUUUUGCUGGAAACAACCUUGUUGGUACCAUCCCACCUUCUUUUUAUAAUUGUUCAUCUUUAGAACAAGUAUUUCUAGAUAAUAAUCAACUCACUGGUAGACUGCCCACUAACUUAGGCUCCAUAAUGCCUCGCCUUGCGGUACUUUAUUUGUCUAAUAACCGUUUAACAGGGCCCCUUCCACCAUCCCUUCUUGGUUCUCCACAACUAUAUGACCUUGAUGUAGAAGACAACUAUUUAUCAGGAAAACUAGUAACCACUUUUAAUAAUUCCUGUAAUUUGGAAUUCUUGUAUCUAGAUGGAAAUAGUUUUGGAAGUGAGGAAGACGAUGAAAUGAAGUUUAUAGAUGAUUUAUCUAGUUGCAGAAAGUUACAAAAACUAUAUCUCCAUUACAAUCAAUUCAAAGGUUUCCUGCCGGAGUCUUUAGGAAAUUUGCCGACUACACUAGAUAGUCUGAGUGUUGCUUUUAAUUAUUUUUCUGGUGAUCUUCCGUCAUCGAUUGGUAAUCUUACUGGUCUAACUCUACUGGACUUGUCAAGUAAUCAAUUCACAGGCACACUUCCAGUGACCAUUGGCAAUCUUACAAAUCUACAGAAGCUGGAUCUUACGAAUAAUACUUUCUCAGGGAAUAUUCCGGGUUCUUUAGGGAAUCUAUCAUUGAUGAUUGAACUCCACCUGACUUCAAAUGAUUUUACCGGUACCAUACCAUCAAGUUUAGGUUACUGUAAAAAGUUGAUAAGGUUAAACCUUGAUCAAAAUAACCUUACCGGAGAGAUACCUGGGCAACUAUUUGAAAUAUCGUCACUGUCGAUUAGCCUGAAUUUGGGUGAUAACCAAUUAUCAGGACAACUUCCCGUAGAGGUAGGCAAUCUUAAGAACUUAAAUGAAAUUAUUCUGGCAAAUAAUCGACUAACCGGCAGCAUUCCAAGCAGUCUCGGCAGCUGCAGCAGCCUUCAGUAUCUUGACUGUUGGAAUUCCUUGCAGUAUGCGAUAUUGAAUAAGGGUUCUGCAGAUCUCUUUUGUUCAUAAAAAUGAAUUGAUAAAACACUUGAAAAGAUACAUCCGAGUAUAUAUAUGUAUUCGGGGCAUACAUGAGAUAACCGCCCCAAAUGAUAAUGAAUAAAACAUACUAACCUAACAUAAGUUUAAUCUAAUAUGUGACAUAAAUAUAUAAUGAAUCUAGCUUAUAUAUAUAUUAAUUAUACUUGUCUAACACCCUCCCGUAAGCUAGAUCAUUUGAGCAUCAUGCGCAGUAGAGUCUUUAAACGUAAGAAGUCCUUUGGCUGUAAUGCUUUAGUCAUAAUAUCAGCCAAUUGAUCUUUAGUUGCACAGAACAAAAUUGUUACAUCUUCUCUUCGGAUUAGAUCUCUUAUGAAGUGAUAUUUGACCCGAAUGUGCUUGCUCUUACCAUGAUAUACCGGAUCUUUGGCUAGACAUAUAGUGGACUUAUUGUCACAGUAAAUAGGUAUUGAAUAAUUGUCCUUCCCUUGUAAUUCAUCUAAGAUUCCCUUUAACCAUAUUGCUUGACAUCCAGCUAAGGUGAGUGCCAUGUAUUCUGCCUCUGUUGAAGAGAGAGCAACUACCUUUUGCUUCUUUGAUUGCCAUGAUAUAGGUCCCGAUCCCAGGUGAAAGAUGUAUCCUGAUGUACUCUUACUAUCAUCCACAUUUCCUGCAUAGUCACUAUCACUAAAACCUACAAGUUUCUGUUUUCCACCCUUGGAGUAUGUAAUUCCUUGAUCAAGAGUUCCUUUAACAUACUUGAGUAUACGUUUGGCUGCCUCCCAAUGACUUCGUUUGGGAGAUUCCAUAAACCUGCUUACUUUACUCACUGCGAACAUUAUAUCUGGUCUAGUAUUUGUCAAGUACAUUAGACUUCCUACUAGGCUUCUAUACAUGCUUUCAUCUUUGAACUCUUCUGGAUCAUCCUUUGAUAACUUUAUCCCAUAUUCCAUCGGUGUUGAAACUGUGUUACAUUGAUUCAUUCUGUAUUUUUCCAGUAAAUUUCUCAUGUAUUUCUUUUGUGAUAAGAUUAUAUUGCCAUCUUCAUAGGAAACUUCCAUGCCGAGAAAGUAAUGCAGUUUUCCCAUGUCUGUCAUCUCAAAUUCCUUUUUCAUCUCAUCUUUGAAUUCAGAAAUUAACUUCAUAGAGUUACUGGCUAUGAUUAGAUCAUCCACAUAUAAGCAUAUUACCAAUUUUCCUUCUUUGGUACUUUUGAUGUACAAUGUAUGUUCAUAUGUACACUUCCUAAAGUUGUGGUGUAUAAAAUAUGUAUCUAUUCUGCUGUACCAGGCCCUUGGUGCCUGUUUUAAACCAUACAGGGCUCGUUUUAGAUGACAUACCUUGGUUUCUUCUCCAGGUUUGAUAUAUCCUUGUGGUUGAUCUAUAAAGACUUGUUCUUUCAGUUUUCCAUUUAAGAAUGCGGUUUUUACGUCCAUUUGGUGUAAAUACCAGUCAUUUUGAGCCGCGAGUGCCAGUACUAAACGAACUGUCUCGAACCUAAUUACUGGUGCAAAUACUUCUUGGUAAUCUAUUCCGAAU